GCUUUUUGAAAAGGAACCACAUGUACAGGCUGUUGGUCGUGGGGAAGCAAAUCGCUGCUGUACCUCUACAACCACAUUGAGGUCAAAUAUUUUAAAUGCUCAUGUAACAUGUCUAGUUUUUCAAGAUCAGCCCAGCAAUGGGCGACUUUUGCAAGAUCCUGGUUCCUCAUAGAUGCCAGGCUGCAGCCUCCAGGAAAGAUUGCCACCAUGUGUGCAGUUCGGCUUCAAGGGAAACAUAAACCCAUUUACCAUCCACUGAGUGAUAUUGGAGAUCAUGUGGUGGUCAUGAACACCCGACACAUUGCCUUCUCAGGAAACAAAUGGGAACAGAAAGUGUAUUCGUCUCACACUGGUUAUCCUGGAGGAUUCAAACAACUUACCGCAGCCCAAAUGCACAAAAAAGACCCUACAGCUAUCAUUAAACUGGCUGUGUACGGGAUGCUCCCCAAAAACCUCACUAGAAGGACCAUGAUGCAACGGCUUCACCUCUUCCCAGAUGAUAUACUUCCUGAAGACGUUCUCAAGAAUCUGACAGAAGAACUUCCUCAACCCAGAGAGAUCCCUCGCAAGCUCAGCGAGUACACACAGGAUGAGCGAGAUGCUUUCCCCAUGCUGUGGACCCCGCCAGAAGACUUCAAGAUGAAAUGACUUUCUGGAUCUUGUGGCUCACAGUCUUUCCAGGAGUUUGAAAUGUUUCUUUUUUAUAUAUAUUAAUGUUUAUGUUAAAUUAUGUCUCAAAAUUGUAAAAAUAAACUGUCCAUGUUUGGGUAUGUUUGAUAUGAGAUACAAGCAGAAACACAUUUAAUGAAACACAUUUCUUAACAUUAUAAUGUGUAUUUACCUAAUCCUCAACCAAGGAAUAAAGGCAGGCAGACAGCAGCCCUAAUUUUUUUGGCCUUUCCUUUUCCCAAAAAUGGCUUUAGCAGUGCUCUCUGAAGCUUGAUUCUGCUCUAAUUCAACUGCUGUUUUGGCCUUAAUUAACUUCAUAUGGCUUUAUAAGCCCUUUCUAAUGGCACUUUAGCCUUUUGAAGUCUGCUUAACUCUUUAAAACAACACUAUGUUUGGAUGGAAAUAAAACACCCUUUUUAGUUUCUAGUGUCUUUUGUGAGGAUGGUACUGUCUUUGCUGGUUGUCAUGUCUUUUAUUUUAUUUUAAUUUUUAGUGUAAAAUCGAGGUGGCUUGUUUUAAUUUACCAUACAGGAACAUCAAUAGAUGUUCCAUUUAUCUGAGCUCAUUAUACCACAAAAUAAAAUGUUUUUUUUUUUUUAAAAAAGAAUAAUUUAAUUUUUACAUCCUUUUUUGGGUGACAUCAAUUAGGAAAACACACAGAGCAACAUAAUAAAAGCCAGAUGAGACAUCAUGUUGGGUCAUUGUCGCAGUACGGUUUUAUUGGUUAUAAAAACAAAGUAAAAAUAAAUUACUUUGUAGAUUCAAA